UCCUUCUUCUCUCUAUCUGUCUGCAUUUUGAGCUCAGAUCCGGACUCAAAUCGUUCAAGAUCACAACUUUGGAGUUUUAAGUGCUGUUAAAUUCUGAAUUGUAAGAAGUAUUAGGUUUUCAAGAUUGAAGAUAAAAUUGACAUUCUUUCCGCAAGUCUGAGGACAGCUUUCUGGGGAUUUUAUAAUUUCCGAGGAAUAUGAGUGUUAUGUAUAGUCCCAGUGUUCUGAAUUACUCAGACGGGGAGCUUAGGAGAAACCCAGAAAUGGAUUCAAUUCCCCACUUGAAUUCUGGAUUAAUGAGGUACAGUUCUGCUCCAAGCUCAUUUCUGGCAAGCCUUGUUCAGAAUAGCCACGGCUGUGUGAAUGAGGGAGCCUCUAGAAGCGUAGAUCAUCAUGAUCAUCAUCACAAUCCAUCUUCAAGUUCAGAAAUGGAAGCGAUGUUGGCCAAGUUGGUUUCUUCAUCAUCAAACAAUGAAUGGAUGAAGCAGGAAGAAGCAGGGGACUCUGUUUCUGAGAGACCCAGUGGGUAUAAUUCUAAUUAUGGUCCUCAGAUGAUUUACCAAUCUCAGACUCAGCAAGCUGUUCAGGGCUUGCCAAACGGGUCUGUAGGUUCUUCUGGGAAUGAUUUUGAUGGCUCAUUCAAUUCCACUGAGUCCAAAAUAAGGUCAAAUAAUCUCCUUAGGCAGAAAAGCUCCCCUGCUGGACUGUUCAACAAUUUCUCAGUUGAAAAUGGUUUUGCGACAUGGAGAGAUGUGGGAAGCUUUAGUGCCUGUGAUCAUGUCUCAAAUGGCCAAGCUUCUACAUCAGUUAGUGGCUUAAAUGAUAAUACUCUAGCCUUCUCAUCUAAACCAUCUUCUUGUUCAAAACACUUGCCUGAUAUAGCAGAAGAUGGAAAUGAAACCCUAGAAGAAGCAACUUGUGUGGAUGGCAGAAGAAAUCUGACAAAUGACAGAAAUGGCAAUAACACUGAAUGUUACAUUCCCAGUUUUACAAGUGACUUCUGGGAUGGUCCUUCAUUCAAUGACACCAAAACAGCCAGUGACAAUGAUGAACUCAUGUUUUCUACUACUUCAAAUGGUUUUGAAACUCAGAAUGGUGAUUUUGGAUAUCAGAAUGUUGGUUUGACUCAUCAUUUGAGUCUGCCUAGUUCUUCUACAAAGUCAAAGAUGGAUGCCGUUGAGAAGUUUCUUCAAGUUCAGGGAUCUGUUCCUUGUAAGAUUCGAGCUAAAAGAGGUUUCGCCACCCACCCACGGAGCAUUGCAGAGAGGGUAAGAAGAACACGAAUCAGUGAAAGAAUAAAGAAAUUGCAAGAUCUCUUCCCAAAAUCUGAAAAGCAAACAAGCACAGCAGAUAUGUUGGAUUUAGCAGUUGAUUAUAUUAAAGAUUUGCAGAAACAAGUUAAGAUGCUCACAGAUACUAAAGCAAAGUGCAAGUGUUCAAGUAACCAGAUGCAGAACUCAGUUCCUUGUAGCUAGCUGAAGGAAUGAGGGAAUACAUUCUUCUUUUUCAAUUAGAUCAAAUCUCUCAAAAGCUAGGGGGAAAACAAAAGAAGAAUCAAGAGACAUGAUAAUUGUCUCACUAUUGAUAUGUCUCUGAUAUCUUGUAUUAGAUAAGAUGCUUUGAAUGGUACCUAAGCAAUGUACAUCCUUUUUGAGUCAUGAUAUCUAUGGUUCUUCUCUCAUGCCCAAAUCAAAUUUGUACUUAGAAGUGAGAAAAGGUUAUAGAAAUUAUAAACUGUAAUUAUAUGAAAUUAUGCUGAGACUUGCUCUGCAAAUCAUUUAGGCCUAGUUUGGAUUGCUUUUCAUUUUGCUUGUUUGUAAAUUAAUUCUCAUGAGAAAAAUGAAUAAAAUGCAAAUGUCGCCCGUUUUAUGCUAUCCA